CCGCCCCUCGGGUGCCAGCACCGCCCCUGCUGCGGCGGGUGAGGGGCGGGGCGGGGCGCGGCGUAUAUAAGGCUAGGGGCGGGCGCCGCUCUUUUGUUUCUUGCUGCAGCAACGCGAGUGGGAGCACCAGGAUCUCGGGCUCGGAACGAGACUGCACGGAUUGUUUUAAGAAAAUGGCAGACAAACCAGACAUGGGGGAAAUCGCCAGCUUCGAUAAGGCCAAGCUGAAGAAAACGGAGACGCAGGAGAAAAACACCCUGCCGACCAAAGAGACCCCAAGCUUCCUUCUAAAUCCCCACACCUCGUGGGUGCCUCGCCCACACCGGGAAGCACCUCGGUUGCGGGUGGGGGUUGCAGCUCCGCUCCAGCGCCCGCUUCCCGCUCUCCACAGCCAUUGAGCAGGAGAAGCGGAGUGAAAUUUCCUAAGAUCCUGGAGGAUUUCCUACCCCCGUCCUCUUCGAGACCCCAGUCGUGAUGUGGAGGAAGAGCCACCUGCAAGAUGGACACGAGCCAAAAGCUGCACUGUGAACCUGGGCACUCCGCGCCGAUGCCACCGGCCUGUGGGUCUCUGAAGGGACCCCCCCCAAUCGGACUGCCAAAUUCUCCGGUUUGCCCCGGGAUAUUAUAGAAAAUUAUUUGUAUGAAUAAUGAAAAUAAAACACACCUCGUGGCA